AUGGGAACUCCAGAGUCAUCACGAGAGCCAUGCCCUGACCGUAUCCUCGACGACAUCGGCGGGGCCUUUGGCAUGGGAGCUGUAGGAGGAGGAGCCUUCCAUUUCAUCAAAGGAACAUACAACUCACCCAAAGGAAGCCGCUUUAUCGGAGGCAAGCAAGCGGUGACGAUGAACGCUCCUCGCGUGGGAGGUAGUUUCGCUGUCUGGGGAGGUCUCUUCUCCACUUUUGAUUGCUCCAUGGUGUAUCUCAGGCAAAAGGAGGAUCCUUGGAACUCUAUCUUUGCAGGUGCUGCCACUGGUGGGUUUCUAGCUAUGAGGCAGGGGCCUAGUGCGUCUGUAAGGUCUGCGCUUUUCGGUGGGGUUUUGCUGGCUUUGAUUGAAGGGGCCGGGAUUGCUUUGAAUAAGUUGAUGGCUCAGCCUCAGCAGAUGCAGAUGGAGGAAGGGAUGAUGACGCCUGGGAUGCCGCCUGGGAUGCAGAUGGGGCAGGUGCCUGGGAUGCAGCAGAUGCCGAGUCAGGGACAGGGACAGGUGAUGCAAGAGAGUAGUGAUUCUUCUUCUUCGUCGUCUUGGUUGGGAGGUUUGUUUGGUAAGAAGAAUGAUGAGGUGCAGGGGCAGACGAGUAGUGGAAGUGAAACUAAGGUGUUGGAGAGUUUUGAUGCGCCUCCAGUGCCAUCAUUUGAGUAUAAGUAA